UUUUGGCAUUUCCUUGAUGAAGGUUGUGGUCGUGGGCGGCGGCAUCGUUGGGCUCUCGACGGCAUUGGCACUGCUGGAACAUGGGUACAGUGAUGUCACGGUAGUGGCAGACAAGUUGGACGACACGACCUCCCAUACAGCUGGGGCGUUGUGGCGGCCUGUGUUUGCCGGCGCGACUUCGGAUCACACGAUGGAUCAAUGGAGUCAUGAAACGAUGUUGUGGUUGCGGGGCCUGGUAGAGCGACACGGUUCGACUGUCGUUGGCAUUCAAUGCACACCAGGAAUGGAAUUGUCCGACUCGCCCACGGACUCGCAUCCGUAUUGGGCGCAUUCGGUCGAGAACUUUCGAUUUCUAACGCGGGAAGAGGCGCUGCAGCACCCACCGUACGACAAGCCCUUUGGCAUGACGUAUACUUCGGUCAUGAUUCACCCAGGUGUUCUCAUGCCAUGGAUCACACACGACAUCAAAUCCCGCGGGGGUACAUUUGAAACCCGCCAUGUCUCCACUCUGGACGACCUCGACGCCGACAUUGUCGUCAACUGCACCGGUCUUGGCGCGGGAAAGCUAGCCGGCGAUACUUCCGUGUACCCGGUUCGAGGGCAAGUGAUCAAGGUGUUCAACCCAAGCAUCAAGCGCUUUAUGUGUGUGGAAUCGCAUGGUCAGUACACGUACAUCCUCCCUCGUCGCGCGGGCGGCGAAGUCAUCGUGGGGGGCACGGCCCAAGUCGGCAACUGGAGCACGGCCAACAGCGACGCCGACAUCGCCGCCAUAUUGGCCCGCGCGGCCGUCCUCAUGCCCGAGAUCAGCGACAGCAAGGUUCUGCAUGCGAAAGCAGGCCUUCGACCUGCAACUUCUCGGGGCACGCGCGUCGAGUUGGAUCCGAAGCGGAGGAAUAAGGCGUGGGUAAUUCACAACUACGGACACGGCGGCAGUGGACAUACCAUCCAUCGCGGGUGCGCGUCGGAGGUGGUCAAGAUCGUCAGGUCGUUGCAUGCGAAUCUCUAGAUUACGCCUUCUUGCGUCCUCUACGUUUGCUUUCAGGGUUGAACAGGGGAUACUCUUACGAUAAUGCAAAGUUUUUGGCCA